AUGGUUAUGAUGAAGCUACUAACAUGGAAUGUCAGAGGUUUGGGGAGAAAGGAAAAAAGAAGUAAAGUUAAGAGGUUGUUGAAGGAUAGAGGUAUUGAUAUAGCUCUUUUUCAAGAGACAAAGAAGGCCUCCAUGUCUGAAAAGGAGAUCAAAGAGAUUUGGGCUAGGGAUAGUAUGGAAUAUAUGACUGUGGAUGUUGAGGGCUCUGCUGGUGGCCUAUUAUGUAUUUGGGAUCCAGCUGUUUUUCAAAUGUCAAGUUGCUGCUGUAAUAAAAGGUUUGUUCUUCUCUCUGGGUCUCUAUUCUUUUCUUUUGAUUGUGUUUUGAUCAAUGUGUAUGCACCAAAUGAAGUGGGCCAAAGAGGUAAAUUGUGGGAGUGUCUUCUAAAGUUAAAGGAGGAGUAUUCUAAGCCCUGGUAUAUAGGGGGGGACUUUAAUGAAAUUAGAAAGAUUGGUGAGAGGAAAGGCUGCUCUACGAGGGACAAGGGGAUGAAGGAGUUGAAUGAUUUUGUUGAUAGUAGUGAGUUGAAUGAUUUGCCUUUAUUAGGCCGAAGGUUUACAUGGUGUAAUGCUAGGGAAGGGGAGAAAUGGAGCAGAAUUGAUAGGGUUUUGGUGGACCCAAAAUGGGUGGAAUCAUUUAAUUUGAAGUUGUGGGGACUUCCUAGAGUCAUGUCUGAUCAUAGUCCCUUACUGCUAAUGGAAGAUGAGAGAGAGAGCUUGAAGAGGCAGAAAAAUGUUAUUACAUGUAGAGUUAAGCUUCAUAUGCAGUACAAAGUUGAAGAAGGUAGAGGAUGA